UCGUGUCCCAGCUGCUCAUCACAGCCUGUACUUGACUUCUGAACACUUUUUUUACUUUCUUUUUUUUUAAUCAGUGAGGUUUUGUUUUGUUUUGUGGUUUGAGGAAUCCCUGCGCCAUCAUGAAUCCGCCCUGUGGAAGAUGCAAUAAACCAGUUUACCCUACAGAAAAAUUAAACUGCCUUGAUAAGUAUUGGCACAAAGGUUGUUUCAGCUGUGAGGUAUGCAAAAUGGCACUGAGCAUGACGACCUACAAAGGCUUUGAGAAGAAACCUUACUGCAGUAUGCAUUACCCCAAAACCUCCUUCACCAUAGUGGCCGACACCCCCGAGAAUCUGCGUCUCAAACAACAGAGCAUGCUCAACAGCCAGGCUCUUUACAAGGGGGACUUUGAAAAGAACAAGGGGAAAGGUUUCAGCGUGGUAGUCGACACCCCGGAGAUGCAGAGACUGAAGAAGACGCAAGACCAGAUCAGUAACAUAAAGUACCAUGAAGAAUUUGAGAAGAGCAGGAUUCGAAGUGACGCACCUCCUCCUGAGAAUAGACAAGACUUUGAGGGACAACCAGCCAACCCUGAGAGAUUCAGUCAGCCGCCAGGCGGACAAAUGUGCCCUGCUGCUGUAGCACCACCUAGUGGAGGGAAACGUUACCAGGCCGUGUACAGCUACACGGCAGCAGAAGCAGAUGAAGUUUCUCUGCAGGAAGGCGAUCUGCUCUUAGACGUGGAGCAGAUAGAUGAAGGGUGGAUGUUUGGAUGUAACCAGCGCACAGGGCAGCGGGGCAUGCUCCCUGCUAACUACGUCCGACCCAUGUGAAACCAACAGGCACACCUCCAGCACUCAUUUAGGCCUCUUCUCAAAAUCACCUCUUGCUAAAAUGAAAAAGAAUAUCCCCUGGCCCCGCUUUGCAUUUCUUUGUCAGACGUAUGAUUUUCAAAUAGAAGGUAAGAAGAGGUAGCCGUGGGGUUAUAGGUUCUUGAAAAAUGGGAUAAGUCAGUGAAAUUCCACUUUAAGGAAGAACAAUGAUACUAAAGGUUGAAUGGUCUGUAUCAGAAACUCACAAGAGGAAGUAAGAGGGGAAUAAAUUCACAAAGUGGAAGAAAUAAUGUUAAAUAAACCUUCACACAUGUAUCAUUUUUUUCUUUCUCAGGUAACAUUUACCUUUUUAAUGUACAUGUCUUUUAGCAGUAAAGGGCAGCCCAGACAAAAACUCAGACAUUCAAGAGUCAAAUCAUUGCAAAAGUUUGAGUAUUUUUCUAAAAACCCAUUUGACACUUGCUUCAUAUAUAAUGGAGAACAAAAAUCAUUUAGGCUGAUUUGAUUAAAAGUGGAAUAUUAAAUUCCUCUUUUCUUUAAAGACUA